AUGAAAUUAGGAUAUAAUGAAAUAAUGAUAACAUCAAUGUACUUUAAUGAUAUUAAAGAUUUUAUUAAUUUAGAAAUGGGAGUUAAAAGAUUUCAAGGAAAUAUGGAACGAUUUCAUUUUAAUCCAAUUCCAUUAAAUGAAUAUUCAAGAAAGUUGUUUCCUAAUAUUGAAACAUUUCAUAUUUAUAAUGAAGAUGAUGAAAUAUUUAAUGAUGGAAAAAUAUUUAAAAAAGUAAUAUGGUAUGCUAUUAGUUAUUCAUUAUAUUUAAAAGAAAAAGAAGCAUGGAAUGAAUGUAAAAAUAUAGAAUAUACAAAAUUAGAUAGAGAAGAGUAUGGAAAUAUAAUACCACAUGAAGUUAAAUCACUUGGAAAUGAAUGUUUUAAACAUUGUACAUCAUUAAAAUCAAUUGAUAUACCAACAACAAUUAGUGAAAUAGGAUAUGGAUGUUUUAGAGGAUGUUCAUCAUUAACAUCAGUUAAUAUUCCAACAUCAGUUAGUAAAAUAGGACAUUAUUGUUUUUCAGAAUGUUCAUCAUUAACAUCUUUCACUAUACCAACAACAAUUAGUAUAAUAGGAUAUAGAUUUUUUUGCAAAUGCAUAUCGUUAAAAUCAGUUAAUAUGCCAUCAGUUAGUAGAAUAGGAUGUGAGUGUUUUAGUGAAUGUACAUCAUUAACAAGUAUAGUCCUUGAAAGUGUACAGUUUAUCAGUGAAAAAGAAUAUUUAUGA